UCGAGGGGUUUCACACCUGAUUGUUUUGAUUGAAGCCGGCUUUGUGAAAAUUCGUGAAAAAUGAGUGUUUUUACGCUGAAAGACGCGAAAAUUGUGCCAGAUAUUGUACAUGAGUACUCCCCGAAGAUUAAGGGGACUUCUGUUCCACUUGUAAUUGACAAUGGAUCAUACCAGUGUCGUGCUGGAUGGGCUUGCAAUACCCAACCAUCAUUGGUAUUUCGCAAUUUAAUUGCUAAACCCCGGAAGGAUAGGAAUAAGAAGGAUGGGGAAGUUCCUGUAACGCCGGUGGUACAGAUUGGGAAUGAUAUUGUGAACAUUGAGGCUCUUCGCUUCCAACUGAGGACUCAAUUUGAUCGCAAUGUCAUCACACACUUCCACAUUCAAGAACAAAUCUUCGAUUACAUCUUCACUCAUCUGGGAAUCGAUACUGAGGGAAGAGUUGAGCAUCCUAUCGUACUCACGGAGUGUUUUGUGAAUCCCAACAGCUGCAGGCAAUUAAUGUCGGAAUUGCUUUUUGAGUGCUACGACGUCCCAUCUGUUUGCUACGGUGUGGAUUCUCUCUUUAGCGUCCGGGAGAAUCAGCCGGGUGUGGAUUACGCUCUUGUGGUCUCCUUUGGACAUCACACUACUCACGUUAUGCCCAUAGUGAAGGGCUUUGCACUUCCGGAUAAGACAAGAAGAAUCAAUCUUGGAGGUUUCAACAUUCUUGCCUUCCUCCAUCGUGUCCUUCAGCUAAAGUAUCCCGUUCACGUGAAUGCCAUCACACUGAGUCGAGCUGAGGAGCUUCUACAUGAUCACUGUUCCAUUGCCUGUGACUACAUGGAAAUGCUGAAAAAUUGGGCAACGCUGGAUUACUACGAGAGCAAUGUGCGGAAGAUUCAGUUACCCUUCACUCAAUCCAAUCCCACUACGUAUCUUCUCACAGCAGAGCAGCGAAUGGAGAAGAAGCGUGAACUUGCCCGAAGGCUGUCGGAAUUGAAUGCUCGACGUAGGGAGGAACAGCAGGCUGAGGAUCAGGAACUUCUUGCGCGUCUUCUGGAAAUUAAAGAGCUCUAUCGCGAAGACAGGGAAGGCUUCGAUUAUGCCCUGCUUGAAUUUCAGAUGAAAGGCAUGCAGGAGCUGCAGAAAAUGAUUCGCACGCUCACGGCAAGAGUGGAAAGGUGCAAACAGAGAAUGGCAGCACAACAGGAAGCAGCUGUUGCACCACCACCUGAGGAGAAAGUCCCUCAUCCACCUGCUGGGCUCACUGUGGAGGAUUGGGUGAAGCAGGUGAAGCAACAGCGAGAAACUCUGCUAGAGAAGCGUCAAGUACGUCGCCAGAGACGUCACGAUCUGGCAAAGAGACACACUGUGGCUGCUCAGGAGAGAAUGCGAAUAAUCUCAUUGUUGGCACGCAAAGAGAAGGGCACAGAUGAUUUUGGGAUGCGCGAUGAGGAUUGGGAUAUCUACAAGACAAUCAGCCGUGAGGGCGGAGACUCCGACAGUGAGAUUGAGAAUGAAAAGCUCGUGGAAUACGAAGACAUUCUCCGGCAUCAUGAUCCCACAUUCACCAUUGAGGAGCCACAGGCAGGGAAUCACAGUGGCACUGCUGAGUAUCAUCAGUUGCACCUGGGCGUUGAGAUUCACCGAGCCCCUGAAAUUCUCUUCCAACCGAGUAUGAUUGGAAGCAUGGAGGCAGGAUUGGCGGAAACAAUUGAUUUUGUGCUGAAACUCUUUCCGGCCGAAGAGCAACUCUUGCUGGCCAACAAUGUCUUCCUCACGGGUAGCUGUGCCAAAUUCCCAGGGCUCAAGGAGAGACUUUCGCGGGAAUUGCUGGAAAUGCGACCCUUCCAGACACCCCAUAAGAUCACCCUGGCCCAGAAUCCCGCCUUGGAUGCAUGGCUGGGUGCGAGGAAUUUCUCACAGCAGGAUGACUUUGCCAGGAACAGUGUGACAAAGAGGGAAUAUGAGGAGUUUGGGGGAGAAUAUUUAAAGGAGCACGUGGCUAGUAAUCGAUACUUUCCAACUCCGGCGGUUCCUGUAAUUGAACUCAAUGAAUAA